AUGGAGAUGGAAAACUCUUCUGUGAUGAAGAUCGAGGUUGAAAAGUUCGAUGGCAAGAAGGAUUUUGGGCUUUGGCGGAAAAGGAUUGAGACAUUCUUGAUCCAACAUGACCUAGAUCAAGCUUUGCUGAGGGUGGAGAAGAAGCAAAAGAUGACAAGUGAUGAGUGGAAUAGGAUGGAUAAGAAGGCAGGAAGUAUGAUUCUAUUCUCUCUUUUGUGGUACCACAUGAUCGAGGAAACUAUCUCAAUCAGCAUGUGGAAGAAACUCGAUGAGUUGUACAUGGCCAAGAAUGUAGCUACAAACUUGUACCAGAAGCAACAAUUGUAUGGAUUGUGGAUGAAAGGAGGUACAUCACUGUUGGAGCAUUUAAGAAACUAUAACAAGACGGUGAUCCAGUUAGCGCCAAUGGGGUCAAAGAUUGAAGAUGAUGACAAAGUGGACAUGAUAAUCAUAGACAACCCCAGAAUCACUAUGGACGAGGUCAAAGCAAUACUUCUCACGGAGGAAUUUCAAUGGCGACAAGGUGCUGGUGAUGAGUCAGGCUCUGGUGCCGGGUUAAUAGCAGAUCUGUGA